AAAAGUGUUUGCUUUGUGUAUGCCUUUUAGCACCACAGAAGAAAAAGAACUGGCUGUAGUUUUAGUAUCACAGUGGAAUCGCACGGUUACGCUCAUAGAGACGGGUGAGGGAUUUACGCCAUAGUAAAAACUCUGAGGAAUCACUGUUUCUGUGGAGUAACGACUGUCCUCCGUCGCCCAACAGCAGCAGCAACCGCGGAAGUCGCAGUAAUUCAGUAUAGCACAGAGCAAGACCAAACAGUGGAGACACCAUGGAUACAAGCACGCUGUGUCUGUUUGACGUGGACGGGACACUGACAGCGGCCAGGCAGCGCGCUACCCCAGACAUGAUGCAGUUCUUGGAGGACCUGCGCACGCGUGUUCGGGUUGGAGUGGUUGGCGGAUCUGACCUUAACAAGAUCAAGGAGCAGCUAGGAGAUGACUUGAUCCAAAAAGUGGAUUAUGUGUUUGCAGAGAAUGGUCUGGUGGCCUACCGAAAUGGACAGCUCGAGUCUAUUCAGUCCAUACAGGCCCACAUGGGAGAAGAACUACUACAAGAGUUUAUUAACUUCUGUCUCAACUACAUGGCCAAGAUCAAACUGCCAAAGAAGAGGGGAACUUUUAUUGAAUUUCGUAACGGCAUGUUGAACAUCUCCCCGAUUGGGCGCAGCUGUACGCAGGAGGAGAGACAGGAGUUCAACGAGCUUGAUCAGAAAAAGAAAAUCAGAGAGCAGUUUGUGUCAGUGUUAAGGGAAGAGUUCAAAGGAAAGGGACUCACAUUUUCCAUUGGGGGGCAGAUCAGCUUUGACGUGUUUCCUGACGGCUGGGAUAAGAGGUACUGUCUGGGGAUCGUUGAGAAGGACAACUACUCCACCAUUCACUUCUUUGGAGACAAAACCAAACCUGGAGGAAAUGACUACGAGAUCUACAGCGAUCCACGGACUAUUGGCCACGAAGUUUCGUGUCCGGAGGAAACAAAGCAACUCUGCAAGGAGUUGUUCUUCUCAUGAGAAAGCCGUUUAUUUACUUACGAGAGAUGCAAUUAUUUAUCAGUGUAAUCGUGAACUGAGCCGAAGGGAAGAAUCAAUGAUGUCUGGGAAGUAAAAAAAAAAAUCAACGAAUCACUGAAGGUUGUUUUAUGCCACCACUGAGAUGUCCAUAGACAAAAUCUGUGAUUUUAAAAAUCAUUUUCUCUCACUUGUCUCUGAGUUAUAAACUGACUAAACACGGCUGCUGUACAUAAAAAGCUGCUUUGUCCUGACUGGCAAAAAAGAAGGGUUUUCUCUUUGGACAUGUGGGAAUAAUUACACAAUUUUCAAAGAAAAGAAAACAUUGUAAAAAAAAAAAACAGGAUAAAACCUAAAAUAACCUUUAUUAUGUACAACUGUAGUAUAUAGCCAAUAAAUUAGUAAAGAAUUCACAAGUUAACCAAACCAUAAACUAGUCUUACUUUUUUACUCAUGUUUUCUCAAUUUCAUCAACACGUCUGUGAUUUACGUGCUUACCAGCCAGCAGACGCCCCCUGGUGGUUGGUCUUUUAGAAUACCACUUUAAAACGUAUAUGACCAUUUAAUAUAUACUACAUAUAUAUACUGUGUAUAUAUAUAUAUAUAUACACACACAUAUAUAUUCUAUAGGCAAAAUCUAGAAACUCAGAGCCAGAGCUGUCAUGCAAAAUCAGUUGAAUUUGUCUUUUCCUUUGUUUUGUUUAAUUGACAACAAAUCAAUGGUUUUUCUUCACUACAUUUUACUUUUUAACCAAUAAAGAUUUUCAAUUAUGUCAUUUA